AUGAAGAAGUUAGGAUUUUUGGCUUAAAAAAUCCAAAAUUUCAGGCCGAAGAAGUUAGGCUAAUUCGGGCUUUAAAAUCUAGAAUUUCAAGCUGAAGAAGUUAGGCCAAUUUAGGCUUAAAAACUAGACUUAUCUAGGCCCCAAAUCUAGGCUAAUUCAAGCCUUAAAAUCCAGAAUUUUGAGCUAAAGAAGUUAGGCUAAUUUGGCCCUAAAAAAUCUAUAUUUUCAGCCCAAAAAAUCUGAAAAAAAAUAAUUAUAAGUUAGUAAAAGUACACUAAAAAUUAUUGCAAACUGAAAAAAAAAUUAAUUUCCGAUUUUCUCUCUCUUGAAGCUAUGAAGCCAUAAAAAAGUAUAAUAAAAGCGCGCGCGCGGAAAAAAGGGGGUAGCUCGAGAUAUAUGAUAACAAUAGAAAUAUUAUAAAUAUAUGAUGGAAGAAAAUUUAUGGAAAAUAUUGAGAGGUUCAGAGUUAAAAAGAGAUUAUCAUCAAGUGCAAAGCACACAAAACAACACUUGAAAUUUUGUCGCGGAAAAAAAAAAGAGAUUUUUGAAAUCUUCUCUCAUCUUUAUAUAAAAAAAAGUCAAAUAAAGUCUAAUGAAAUUUAAGGAAUUUAAUUAAAUUUUAUUUUUUGCAGAAUUUCUCUCAUCUUCGUCUUAUUGACUUUGGCUUACUGUGGCGCUAAUUACAAAAGAGGUUGGUUUUAAUUAAACACUUUUUGGGCCAGGUUUUUGGAGUACUGUAGAUUGGAUUUUUUACAAGUUAUCGUAACUCAAAGUAAAUUGAUUUCCCAGGGUUACUGUAACUCAAAGUAUAAAGAUCAUCGAAUUUUCGUGCAUAUUUUCAGGGGUACUGUAACUCAAAAUUCCCGAGAGAUUAUUGAGUUACUGUAACUCAAAAUUUUUGAAAUUUUGAACCAAAUCUUCAAAAGUACAGUAAAUUUUUCGAUCCCAUUUUCCGGGUCACGGUAUCUCAAAAUUCUGAGAAAUUUUCGCGCCAAAUUUUUAUUUCAAUCAAAACCCAGACUCUUUUUAUUUGAAAUUAAAAUCUAAUUAAAUUUUCCAAAAAAACAAAUCGAUAUAUUUUUUUUGCAGUGAAACUCUUCAACUGGAAUUAUUCGGAUUUGAACAAAUUCGAACACGGAAAACAAAAAGACACCAGACAACCUUUUGCUGAUGCUCCGGUGAGUAAUACUGUAGAAAAUAAUAUGGGGAAAAUAUAAAAAGUUUUUUUUUGGUCUGGAGACAUUUUUGAUAUGUAUGAGUUUUUGGGUGCUGUCUUUCAUGAAUGGGGGUGGAAGAAAAAAUAAUAUUGCUCAUAUUAAGCUUCUGAAGACCACCCAGAAACUAAAGACCACCCAGGUUACCGACAAAGCUUUUCACCAAGCAGCAGGUCAUCCCAAAAAACCAUAAAACAAACAGAAGUUAGUGUAACUUUACACCACAUUGCAACAUAAACAAACUAUAAAUAUUCUGAAGAGUUUUUUUGGAUUUCUAGAAUAUUCAGAAAGUCUUCUGGGCCUUUUCUGGAAUUCUGUCUGGGAUUUUGAAAAAUUCAGAAAACUUUCCAGAUCUUCUGGAACUUUAUUUGGACUUCUUAAAAUUUUUUAAAUGUUUUCGAGCCUUUUGGAACUCUGAUCAGAUUUCUGAAACAUCCCAAGAUCUACCCAGAUCUUCUAGAAAGUUCGAGGGUUCAUCUAAACCUUCUGAAUUCUUCCAGAGAUUCUGAAAAAUUCAAAAAACCUUCUGAACUUCCUGAAAUUUUCCCCAGACUUCUACAAAAUUCAAAAAAAAAUUUUUUGCAGACAAACUCGUGCGAAGACGGCUGGGUACGCUACUCGGAUUCAUGCUACUGGAUCGAAAAAUCCAAAUUGUCAUUCGCCGACGCUGAAAAAGAGUGUUAUGCGAAAAAUGCGACAUUAAUGGUGGUGAAUUCGCAAGAUGAAUGGGUAUGCAUUUUUGAUUUUAUGACAUGUCAAGCAAGAUAUUGAAAACGCAUCACGAUAGGGUUUUUUUUUUGCGCUGGGAAGCAGGAAAAUAUAAUCAUAGGGUUGCAUGGUUUACCAGAAAAAAAUACUCUAGGCUUGUUUGGGCCCGAUUUUCAGGCUUGAAUAGUAGGGUUUUUAGGCUGAAUAUUGUAGAAUUUUUAGAGCCUAUUAGAGCCUAGAAAUUCAAGCUUUAAAACACAGUUUUUUUGAGGUCUAGAUAGGCUUAGAUUUUCAGGCUUGAAAUCCCAGAUUUUUCAGCCUAAAAAGCUCAGAUUUUAGGUCUGAAAAUCUGGAUUUAUAUGAGCCUAAAUAAGCCUAGAAAUUUCAGGCUUAAAAUUCCGCAUUUUUUGAUUCUAAAUAGCCCUAGAUUUCAGGCUUAAGGCUCCGUAUUUUUUGAGCCCAAACAAGCCUAGAAAAUUGAGCCUGAUAAUCUGGUUUUCUAUGAGCCUUAAUAAGCCUAGAAAUUUAGGCCUGAAAACCUGAAUUUCUAUAAGCCCAAACAAUCUUAGAUUUUCAAGCUCAAAAUCCCGGAUUUUUCAAGCCUAAAUAAACCUAUAUUUCAGGCUUCAAAUCCCAGAUUUUUCAAGCCUAAAUAAGCCUAGAAGUUUAGGCCUGAAAUUCAGGAUUUCAAGCAUAGAAAGGCCUAGAUUCUUAGGCUUCUUAGGCUUCCUAAUUUUCUUAGGCCCUCAAAAACAAAAAUGAAAACAAAAAAAAAUUAGAAAAAGUAAAAAAAUGCCAACAAUUUGUAUAUUUGAACAGACAGCUCUCAGCUCUCAAAAAUAUAUUUUUUUGUGUUGUAAAUACCUUUUUUUGCAGACUACAGUCCGUAAACAUCACCCAAAUAUCGUAUUUUAUUGGAUCGGUUUGGUCCGUUUGAACCAUUUACAACCGGAUGGCGAAUUUCCAGUCUGGCAGACCGAAGGAGCUGUUCAUCCAGCGCAAAUGUAAGUUUGGAUUACUAAAAGACCACCCAAGAAGAAUUCUGGGUGGUCUGAAUGUUUUCAGUUUUCUAGAAGUCUCCAGAAAAUAUUUCUGAGUCCAAAUUUUUCCAGGAACUGGCUUGUCGAACCUUACGAGCCUGUCAUCAAUGGCUGGAGCCGUCUUGCCAAUUGCGUUGCUCAUUUUACAUCCAUCGAAAGCUGGAACUCUUCUUAUCUCUACUAUUAUCCAUGCUCCUACUCAUUCAACUCAAUCUGCGAGAGAAACAACACAAUUUUGGAUUUUCUUGCCAGAAAAUUUGAUAUUCAAUAA